AUGAGGAUAUUCCAUACUUAUAGUUCAGUUGUUGUUAAACAGUUUGCCUUACAGCAAAAUAUGGAGACUGCUGCAAGUACCGCACGAAGAGGAGAAUUUAAAUGGCUUUAUAUAGAAGAAUAUUUAUAUCAAUACGUUGACAAUAAAUUGACUCAGAGUUUUUUCCCUUACGCUAUUUCUAUGUCACUGGCAUACGUAAUAAUUAUCUUUUAUUUACAAAAUUACAUGAAGUCCAGGCCUCCGUUUCAGCUUCGUUGGCCUCUUGUCAUCUGGAAUAUAUUAUUGGCGGCAUUCAGUAUUUGUGGCACUUUAAGAUUGCUGCCAGGAUUGUGGGUUUUAAUUCGAGAGUUCGGAUUUAUGUUCUCCGUGUGCAACCUCAGCUUUGCAAUAAAACAUCAUCCGCUUCCAUUCUGGAUGUCUUUAUUUGCAUGGUCAAAACUUAUUGAAUUCGGAGAUACAAUAUUUCUUGUCCUUCGUAAACAGAGAGUGAUAUUUUUGCAUUGGUAUCAUCAUGCUUUAACUCUGAUUAAUGUAUGGUAUGCUAAUUCCAUUGAAAUGUCCACUACAUAUUGGUGUAUGACAAUGAAUAUCUUUGUACACAGCUUCAUGUAUUCUUAUUACGCUAUGAAGGCGAUGAAUAUCAAAGUACCACUGUUUAUUGCCAUGACAAUUACCACAAUUCAAAUUGCACAGAUGUUUAUGGGCUGUUUUCUUACUUUAUCAGCCACAUACAUGUAUUAUAGCGGGAAAUAUUGCGAACAGACCAACACGAGUCUGUUGUUGUUAAAUUUCAUGUUUUUCUCGUAUGCUUGGUUAUUUUGUCGCUUCUUUCGAGAUUCAUAUUUCAAGAGAACAAAUUGUAGUAAUUUUCCUCAUGAGAAAUCACAGUAA